CUCAUGGGCGCCGGCGCCUCCCGCGCCUUGCGCGACGCCUCGACUCAGCAGCUGUCGGAGUUUGUGGGCGUUCUGCCGAGCGAGGAUCAGCAGAGCCUGCGGGAGGCCUUGAGGCACUUGGACGGUGAUGGCGGCUCAACACCGCUCCGGACAUGUGAUCCCCGGGCGGUCCGCGACUUGCGGGAGUUCUUCAGCGCACAGUACCGUCAAGGCGGCGCCUUCUCGCACGAGGACUAUGAGGAGGGCCCCCAGCUGUGGACCUGGCGUCACAAACCAACGGGGAUUGAGGUGUGGCGCGAUGCAAUUGACCUGACUUAUGGCGCGGGUGGCGAGGUCUUCUUCCACUACACCAACCACGUGGCCUUCGUCAACAUUACCCAUACUGUCAAAGAGGCUGCGGAGAUCUACGCCUCGCUCAACAUCUCGGGUCCGCACGCCAACGCCUGGUGGGGCCAAGGCGUCUAUACGGUGCCAAAGCCCCCAGAUCAGUGGGAGAACCGUUUUCAGCUGUUGGACAAUAAUUUUCGAAACAUGAUGGCAAGAGAUGAACGAGAAAAAGGCCGAGAGUAUGUAGAAGCUCAAUAUCCUCCCAGGGCCGCCUUUGCCAUUCCGCUGAUUAUUGAGCCUGCGAACGCUUACGAUGUGUCCGUGCGGGCUACUCCCGAGAUGGUCGAAUAUGGCAAAGAACCUGGGAGGAACCUGGCCGAUAAGUUGCUGAAUGAACCUGGCAAGCCUCCUCGCACUUGUAUCGUGCUCAGAGUGGGCCAAGAGAGCGUGGAAAGCGCUCGCAGCAACCUCCUCGGUGCUUUGCGCCUGCGAGGCAGUGCAGCGGAUGCGGACGAGGACGCGCAGCUCCGCUUGGGCCAGGUGCUGAACCAUCGCGGUUUCUACGAUGAGGCCUACGAAAUGCUCAUGGUGCUGUGGAAGCAUUUGCAGUCGCAACUGGGAGAUGAGCAUCCGAAGACCUUGAAGGCAAUGUACGAGGUGGCCGAAGUGGAGUUGAACUUGGGAAAGUUCACCAAGGCCAAGGACUUGCACAGCCAAUGCUUGGAGCUUCGCCAGCGCACCCUGGGAGAAGAACAUCCCAGCACCUUCAACUCCCUGAACGGCUUGGCAGAAGCCAACUUUAAGAUGGGGCAACAUAGCGUGGCAGAGACGCUGCUGCAGAAGUGCUUGGCCGCCAGAGAGGAGUUUUUUGGCCCGGACCAUCCUGACACCAUGAGGUCCCAGAACGAUCUGGCGGCUGUGCUGGCUGCCAUGGGCAGAUACGUCGCAGCGGACGAGCUCUACCAGCAGUGCUACGAAGCCCGGAAGCGAACCCACGGCCCGCGGCAUCCGGAGACUUUGACCACCUUGAACAACAUGGCAGCGUUGCUGAAAAUAACCGGCAAGGCCAGCGGGGCUCAUUCCAUAACAACCCAGGUCUUCAUGGAACGGACCACCACCUUGCACUCUCACCAUCCCAAGCGAUUGACAUCCAUGAACAACCUGGCAGCUGUGCUUGAGGAUCUGGGAAAGUACGAGGAAGCGGAGGAGCUCUAUCGCAAAUGCUUGGAAGGGCGCACAGAAUUGCUUGGUCCGGAACAUCCGCACACAUUGAUUUCAAUGCACAAUCUGGCGAGUUUGUUGGUGAAAAGGGAUCAACAUGAUGAGGCUCAGGAGCUUUAUCAGAGAUGCCUGGAGCUAGAGAGAGAGACCCAGGGAGCUGAGCAUCCUGAUACCUUGACGUGCAUGACCAGCCUGGCCGCCCUGUGGUGGAAGCUGGGGAGGCACCAUGAGGCCGCGGAGCUCCAUCGAAGCUGCUUGAAGGCCAGGGUGGCAGUGAGCCCGGAACAUCCCAGCACCUUAGAUUCUAUGCACCACUUGGCACUCUCUUUGAUCAAACUGGACCAGCGCCCGGAAGCGGAAGAGUUGCUGCGAAGCUGUGUGGAAAAGCAAGAAAGAGCUUUGGGAGCUGAGCAUCCUGAGAGGUUGGUCUCCAUGACCUAUUUGGCAGCAUUGCUGCGCAAGAAAAAGGAGAACUAUCAGGAGGCAGAGGCUUUGUAUCUCCAAUGUUUAGACAUCAGGGCACGGGCAGUGGAAGAUGAAGAUGUCAACGCGGACGUGAUGACCUUGACACUCAAGAGCAAUCUCGCAGACUUGUCUCUGAAGAUGGGCAAGCUGGACGCGGCUGAAGCCUUGCGCCGGCAGUGCCUUUGCGCAAAGUUUGCCACGGUGGGACAAGGGCACCCAGACACUGCCAGUGCCUUCGAGAGUUUAACGAAGGUCCUGCGAAAAAUGGGGAAGGAGACUACUCUGGAGGAUGAGUUCGAGCUGUGGUCUGGGAUUGUCCCAGAGGAAGUCAAACCUUAGCACCAGCGCUUGGCCUGGUUGAACUGUGCGAUUGUGAGCCCUGGUUCUGAUGGGUUUCUGCCCGGACGAGUCCCUGAAGUGAUAAAUGGUGACAUGUCCGUGAAUCCGAUGAUUUGGCCCCAUCGGCGCCGGUCACAGCGAACGAUGGCAAGUUGAUUUGCUUGCCAUAGUGGAGCAUCAUGGAGCACCUGCCCUUGGACUCCCAGAAGCUGGAAAAAAAAAAAACAGGACCAUCACAAUAAUUAGCUUUCUGUGGCCGCCAUGCAAAUAUGUUGGCUGGAGGCUCGCACAUGGCUUG